AUGUCGCAAAUGGAGAGUGGAAAAAGAAAAAGUUUACCGUUAUCUAAUAAGGAAAACAGUGGCAACGGAGAUGAAGAAGAGCCGAAUCAGUUAUCCGCAUUCGAGCUGCUUCCUCUCGAAAUCAAACUUAAGAUUUUGCAGUAUGUUUCAGAUGAAGUAUCCAAUUAUUCUGAGCAAAUUUUGCCGCUUGAGAAGGGUGAAUAA